AUGCUGGAUUUAAAACAGGCAGCGGCAAGCAAGCUCAAGGUGCCGCUGGACAAGCUGCUGCUGUUCUGGCAGGGCAAGGAGCUGACGGCAGCAUAUGAUGGGCGCACCCUGCUGGACAUGAACCUCCACACCGGCUUCUCCCUCCAGGGCUAUGACCUCACAGAGGAGCCAGACUUCUGGCCUGCGGUGAUAGAUACGCCAGAGGGGCGCCGCAUCAGCACCUGGCCGCAGUGA